AUGUUUUGGGUCCUCCUUUUCUUGUUCUUCCGACUACUCUAUUCAAUCUCUUGCCCUGAAAUCGAAAAGCAAUCACUUUUAACCUUCAAGCAAUCUCUGCACGACCCCUCAAACUUUUUUUCUUCUUGGGAUUUCAAAGUCGAUUGUUGCACUUGGGAAGGCAUUUUCUGCAGCAACGUAACCGGCCAUGUUCUUCGACUUGAUCUUCAAGGUAAUUCGUUAGGUGGCGAAAUAAACUCGUCUUUGCUCAACUUGAAGCAUUUGAAAUAUCUUGACCUGAGCCGAAACAACUUUCAUUUAAAGAUCCCUUCUAUCAUUGGAUCACUCACUAGCCUCGAGUACUUGAGUUUAGAUUAUGCUGGAUUUUAUGGAAUGAUUCCCCACAAUAUUGGGAAUCUUUCAAAUCUGUACACUCUAAGUUUGAGUAAUUCAGAACGAUUGUUGGAUGCUGAUAGUCUUGAAUGGUUGUCGGGACUUCAUAAACUAGAGAACUUCUACAUGAAUGGUGUGAACCUCAGCAAAGCAACCAACUGGGCUCAACAGGUGAUCAACAACCUCCCUUCAUUAGUCGAGCUGCAAAUGUAUUAUUGUAGUCUUAAUUUGAUGGCUCCUCUGAAUGAUAUUAUCAAUAUCAGCCGUUCUAAUUUAGCCACUCUUGAUAUCUCUUGUAAUUCACUGCCUUAUGCCAUCAUCCCUCCGUGGAUUUUUCAACUCACCGACCUUAUCUAUCUUGAUAUGAGUUUCAACUCAUUGGAAGGCCCAAUUCCAACUAUGAGCAACACCACAAAACUCCAACAAAUUUAUCUCUCCAAUAACAAUUUGAAUUCAAGCAUUCCACAGUGGCUCUCCUCCUGCAAACACCUCCACUACCUCUAUUUGGAAAAUAAUAAAUUGAGGGGGAACUUACCAGAGAGUAUUGGGAAACUUGUGAACUUGACUGAGCUUUCGAUAUAUAAUAACAUGUUGGAAGGGGUUGUGACUGAAACCCACUUUGUCAAUCUCUCAAAUUUAGAUUACUUGUAUGCCUCUGGAAACCAUUUGACUUUGAAAUUCAACACCAAUUGGAUUCCACCAUUCAAACUAGAGACUCUAAGGCUAAGGUCUUGUGACUUGGGAUCUCCAUUUCCGUUAUGGCUUGAGACUCAGAAAGAGAGUAUUUCCCAACUCGAUUUAUCGUGUACUGGAAUCUAUGGAAAUGUUCCCAGCUGGUUAUGGAGUUUGAAUUUGGGAUAUCUCAACCUUUCGCAUAACCAACUCGAUGGAAUGAUUUUAUCCAUUAGUGAUCGUGUGCAUGAUUAUUAUGUUUUUGACUUGAGUUCCAACAAGUUUAGUGGUCCACUGCCUCGAAUAUUGACGAGUUCAUUGCCGGAACUCAAUCUCUUCAAUAACUCAUUCUCGGGAGAUCUGUCAGAAUUUGUAUGCAACACAUCAACCAAUAAUGGAUUGGGAAUUCUUAAUCUCGGGGAAAACCAACUGUCUGGAGAUAUACCCGAUUGUUUCCUGAGGUGGCAAUCAUUACAAGUGUUGGACUUAGGCAACAACAAAUUGUCUGGAAGAGUACCAAAUUCCAUAGGAUUUCUUAAACGUUUAGUGUCUUUGAAUCUCCACGGCAACAAUUUCUCUGGCCACAUACCUUCUUCAUUGCAAAACUGCACCGAACUAAUUAAGAUCGACUUUGGUGGUAACAACCUUGGUGGGGACAUACCGAACUGGAUUGACACAAGAUUCCACAAGCUGAGGUUUCUCGUUUUGCAGUCCAACAAUUUGAGUGGUGAAAUUAGUCCAUUCAUAUGUCAGCUUACUUCUCUUCAAGUCUUGGAUCUCUCUAAUAACAAACUGUCAGGGAGGCUACCUCAAUGCCUCAACAAUCUAACCACAAUGACCACAAAAAGGAUUUUUGGUAGACCACAAAGUCGGGAUAUGCCAGAAUCUUUUGCAUUUGCAAUAGAAAUUCAGGAAGGUGCAUCAAUUGCAUUAAAGGGAAGAGAACUCACCUACAACGCCAAUCUCUUUUUGGUUAUCAGUAUUGACCUUUCUAUGAACAAUUUGUCUGGUGAUAUUCCAAGAGAGAUAACAAGUCUAGUGGAACUCAGAUCAGUGAACCUGUCGAGAAAUAAUUUAACAAGAUCGAUCCCAGACAACACUGGAAACAUGAAGGAACUCGAAUCUCUUGAUUUCUCAAUGAACUCAUUAUCGGGCAACAUUCCAGGUAGCAUCACAACCAUGUCUUUUUUGAAUAGCCUGAACUUGUCAUAUAACCACUUGACUGGAAGAAUCCCAGAAAGCACCCAGAUUGGGAGCUUGAACGAGUCGAGCUUCAUUGGCAACAAUCUUUGUGGCUCUCCACUGAAAAUUUCAUGCAGAAAUGGUAGUAACGCCGCUACCCCAACGAACGUAGAGAAUAAAGGCCGAGAAGGCGGUAUGCCGCCAGAGAUUAAUUGGUUUUACGUAUUCCUAUCUUUAGGAUAUGCUGUUGGGGUUUCAGCUGUCGUCACUACAUUAUUUUUCAAACACAAAUGGAGGGAAGCGUAUUAUGCAUUCCUUCAGAAAGUGUGGGACAGUGUGUAUGUGUAUUUUGUUAUCAAAUGGAGAAGGCUCACGAGAGUGUUGGGUCGAAAUUCGUGA